GCUGGGCAGGUGGAGAGCAGGAAGGGGCUGGCUGGGCAGGAUCCCCGAGCACCUGCCAAGAGCUCAGUUAACCAUUUAACCAGGGCGAUCCGGCAAGACAGCCGCAGCAUUUCUUGACCCUGUUUCCUGAGAAGCGAACAAGAUGGACGGUUCCAGCAAAGAGGAGGAAGAGGAGGAGGAGGAAAGCACAUUCACCACCAUUUCCCUAGCAGAUGAUACAGACCAUUCAUCAGGAUUUUUCUGUCCGAGGCGCAGUUCAGUGCCCAGGAUGAUGAACGCUGACAUGGAUGCAGUUGAUGCUGAAAAUCAGGUGGAACUGGAGGAAAAAACCCGACUUAUUAAUCAAGUGUUGGAACUCCAACACACACUUGAAGAUCUCUCAGCAAGAGUAGAUGCAGUUAAGGAAGAAAACCUGAAGCUAAAAUCAGAAAACCAAGUUCUUGGACAAUAUAUAGAAAACCUCAUGUCUGCUUCUAGUGUUUUCCAAACAACUGACACGAAAAGCAAAAGAAAGUAAGGGAUUGAGUUCCCUUCUCAUUGACGGAAUUGCUGCUUCUCCCUCCCUCUCUUUCUCCCUUUCCUUCUCUCCAUCCCUUCCCCUUCCUUCCCUCUCUCCCCCCUUUAAAACUUGGGUAGAUUCCAAAAGUUACAGUACCUUUGUUUGUGGCUUCAUUGAAUAUUUAUGAAAGUGUCAAAUCUAGGCAAAAUUAACUACUUAACAGGAGACUUCCAUGAGUCUGUGUAUUAUGUUAGUCUAAGAAAAUGUGCAGAUGUAUUGUAGAGACUUUAUAAUUAGAAUUGCAUAUAUUUAUGAAACUUGAAGAUGAAUGUUUUAUUGAAUUUGCUUUGAUAUAUAGGCUUAGCAAUGUCUUUUACUACACGCUUACUUAGUAAGAUAUACAAGAAAAUAACCAUGUUGUGAAAAUGUGACCAAAAUCAUGUACUGAAUGCACAGCUUUAUGUAUGUACCUGUCCGCCAUUGUGUGCCUCUCCUCCAUCUGCCUCGUCCUCCCCAUUUCCCUUCUCCUAAGUCAAGAUAGUUUCACAUUUGUAAAAGUACUUUGAGUAGUAAUCACCUGACAGUAACCUGAUCUGUAAGUCCUGAAGUUAACCAAAACCUUGCCUAAAGUUUGUCAGUUGUACUUUCUAGUAAUAAGAUAGGACUGAUGAUAGUUUCUCUUUAACCAUUGAAAACAUAUUUGGGCUAUAAAGAGGAUUUUAAUUAGAAACUAAAUUAUCAAAUUGAGAUUUGUUUAAAAACAAAAAACCAACUUGCUUUUGCACCAAUAACCCACUUGCUAUCUGAAAAGAUAAGAAUUUUGGUUAUGUAUCGAUUAGAAGUAGAAAAUCUGGGAGGAAUAAAUAGAAAUAGGUAAAAAA